GGGGUUUUCGAAUGAAAACGAAACAAAAUUGGCCCGGCCCACGACAUUGGGGGCAAUCCAGGCUCAGCCCAACUACUCUCUCGUCCUCUUGUUCCACUGUUUCCCACCCCAAAAUACUCCACCACCGCACCCACUAGGGUUUCCGCACCGCAUUGCAGAACCUCGCCGCCUCCACCCGCACCACACCACCGGCGAUGUCCACAGCGGCGGCGCAGGGCGGCAGCGACAAGCCGGCGCUCCGGAGGCCCGUCUUCACCAAGGUCGACCAGCUCAGGCCGGGCACCAACGGGCACACCCUCACCGUCAAGGUCGUCAGCGCCACCCCCGUGCCUGGGCGCGCGCGCCCAGGCGCACCCGCCGCCGCCCCAUCCCGCGCGCCGCGCAUCGCCGAGUGCCUCGUCGGGGACGAGACCGGCGCCAUCGUCUUCACCGCCCGCAACGACCAAGUUGACUUGCUGAAGCCCAAUGCGACAGUGAUCUUGCGCAAUGCCAAAAUAGACAUGUUCAAAGGAUCAAUGAGGCUUGCAGUGGACAAGUGGGGGCGGAUUGAGGCUGUAGAGCCAGCCAGUUUCACGGUGAAGGAAGACAACAACCUGUCUCUAAUAGAGUAUGAAUUGGUUAAUGUGGCUGAGUAACUGUCCAAUCCAAGCGUUUCUGCCCCCUUUAUUUCGUGCCAUAAGAAGGAAGUACCAUGAAUGAACAUUAUAAAGCCUCUUGAAGCGAAGCGAGUUUAUUUGCUACGGUGGGGUAGAUAAAGGUCAAGGCUGUAUGGCCUGUGUUAGAACUUUGGAUAAAUUAAGAUGAAUUGCCCUUGCAUCUAUGAGAUUGUUAUCCAUCUUUGUACUGCUCGUGUUGCUUUGAUGCAAGAAAUCUGAAGCAGGAAAUGCGUACCCAGUGCUCUGGACACUGGCGUCUGUUGUAAUUGUGUGGCUACCCCAAAAGUGUGCAAUUAAUAUCUUUCGACGGGGUGUGAUUUAGUACUGAUUUAAACUGGUUUUUUGGUAUCAACAAUCACAAACGGAAUGUCGUUUGGCCAAGAAAGGAAAGGAGGACCCUGUGGUUGGCAGUCCACUAAUCUGUUCCCUGAAUCCUAAAAAAAGCAGUGCUUGUGUUGGCGGAGGCCAGGCCAUGCCCCCGGUUUGAGGAGAGGCCUCGCAAGCAUCUCAGGCGACGCGAGGGGAUCAGGGGACAUGGGCGGCGGCGAGCAUGACCAUGAGCCCGAUGAGCCUGAGCCUGCCAGGGACAAGGAGCACGAACACGAUGAGGCGUCGGUGGAGGCGCUCUUCGCUGGGCAGUCGCCGGCGCCGUGGUGGCGGCAGGUGACGGUGCGUUCCGUGACGGCGAGUGUGUUCGUGGGCGCCGUGUUCAGCUUCAUGUCGAUGAGGAUGGGGCUGACCAUCGGCCUGGUGCCGUCCUUCAACAUGUCGGCGAGCCUGGUGAGCUUCUUCGUGAUCAGCUCGUGGACGCGGCUGCUGGGCCGCUGCGGCGUGGCCACCCAGCCCUUCACCCGCCAGGAGAACGUGGUGGUGCAGACCUGCGUCAUCGCCUGCGCCACGCUGUCGCUCUACGGCGGCUUCACGUCCUUCCUGCCGGCCAUGUCGCCGCCCGUGGCGAAAUCGGCCGGGGCCCCGGGGACGGGCAACAACGUGUACACGCUGCAUCUCGGCAAGAUGAUGGCGUUCAGCUUCCUCACCGGCUUCACCAGCUUGUUCAUCACGCUCCCCUUGACCAAGGUCUGGUGGGUGGUCACCAUCUGUCGUCUCAUCUGAUUCCAUUCAUCAACAAGCUAGAGAAUAAGAAGAAGAAUGAUGAUGCUGAUGUACACGCAUUGCAAUGCAGGUCAUGAUCCUGGACUACAAGCUGCUGUUCCCAUCGGGGUCGGCCAUAGCUGGGCUUGUCAACAGCUUCCACACGCCAGCGGGAGCAGCAACAGCAAAGUAAACACACGCAUGCAAACGCAAUGCAGCAUCUUUAGUUUUCAAUCAAAUAGCAAUAACCAAUGCAAGAUUAGUUUCUAAUGGCAAGCCACAUAAAUAAUAAAAGAUUGCAGAUAGCCACUCUGCUGCGAUCUCUAGGCGGGAGCUUCAGCUGGGCGGUGUUCCAGUGGUUCUACACGGGAGGCGACGGCUGCGGCUUCCAGGCUUUCCCUCUCUUCGGCCUCGAGGCCUACAAGAAGCGCUUCUACUUCGACUUCUCUCCAAGCCUCGUGGGCAUCGGCAUGAUCUGCCCUCCCAUGGUCAACUUCUCGCUGCUCUUGGGCGCCGUCGUGUCCUCCGCGAUCCUCUGGCCCAUCCUGCAGGGCAAGCGAGGGGAAUGGUACGACGCCGACGCCUCGCCAUCCAGCCUCAGAGGGCUGAAC